AUGGAUGCUACAACAUCAAAUGGUACGUUACAACUCCAUAGCAUCCCCGAGAAUCCUUCAUAUCUCUGUCUAAAACGACAAUGCUUGGGAAACUCUGCUCCUGGGGACUUCUUCUUGGCCUCUUGCCCUUCCAUUGCCCUUCACAUCCUCACUACAUGUGACUUAAGUCCUCGAGACCUUGCCAAACUCGAGGCAACAUGCUCGUUCUUCAGAAAGCCGGCGAAUUUCUCUCCGGACUUCGAACUUUCCAUCUCGGAAGUUGCGGCUCUCGACAUUUGCCAAAAGAGAGCGAUAUUCAAGUGUGCGGGAGAAGAAGAGCGGCAAGAGAUGAAAAGGAAAUGCGGAGGCUCUUGGAAGCUUGUUCUGAAGUUCUUGAAAGCCGGUGAAUUAGGUUGCAGGAGGGAGAGAUCUCAAGCACUUGCUGGUCCUGGUCAUAGCAUCGCCGUGACAUCAAACGGCGUAGUUUACUCUUUCGGAUCUAACGGCUCAGGACAACUUGGACAAGGAACCACUGAAGACACUUGGCAGCCUAAACCAGUCAGAUCACUUAACGGUAUUAGAAUCAUUCAAGCAGCUAUCGGUGGCGAGAGAACAAUGUUAAUCAGUGAUGCUGGUGAAGUUUACGCCUUUGGGAAAGAUUGUUUCAGCGAGGCCGGUUUAGAGGCUCAAGAAACUAAGGUUAUCACGAGUCCUCAGAGGGUUAAGUCCUUGACGGAGAUCUUUGUGGUUCAAGCCGCGAUUGGAAACUACUUCACCGCGGUGUUGUCGAGAGAAGGAAGAGUCUAUACGUUAUCAUGGGGGAAAGAUGAGAGACUCGGUCACCAGACGGACGUUAACUGUGUCUUGCCUCAACCUUUGUUAGGCGCUUUAGAGAACAUUCCUGUUGUGCAAAUCUCUGCUGGCUUUUGCUAUCUUCUUGCUCUUGCAUAUCAACCUACUGGAAUGUCUGUGUACUCUGUUGGAUGUGGUUUAGGUGGGAAGCUUGGGCAUGGCUCUGCAACGAGUGAGAAACAGCCUCGGUUGAUUGAGCAGUUUAGUGUUUUGAACUUGGAACCGGUUAUGGUCUCGGCAGGGACAUGGCAUGCUGCUGUAGUUGGGAGAGAUGGGAGAGUCUGCACGUGGGGAUGGGGACGGUUUGGCUGCUUGGGACACGGAACUGAAGAGUUAGAGAUGGCUCCUAAGGUCGUAGAAGGGUUAAAAGAUGUUAAAGCCGUCCAUGUAGCUGCUGGUGACUAUGCAACGUUUGUUGUGUCUGAUGAUGGUCAGGUUUACUCGUUUGGAUGUAGCGAAUCAGCUAAUCUUGGACAGGACGAUGGAGAUGUGGAUGAGAUUACUUUGACACCGAAGCUGGUUUCGUCGUUGAAGGAGACGAAAGAGCGUGUGGUUCAUGUGAGUUUGACGAACUCGGUGAAGUGGAGAGGUCAUACGUUUGCGAUGACCGAGUCCGGGACGCUGUACGCGUUUGGGACCGGGGACAGAGGGCAGCUCGGGGUGGAGCUUGGUGAUAACUUGACGGAGAGAGAGGAACCGGCGAAAGUUGUCGGUGUUGAUCUUUCUUAA